AUGUCAACUUUAGAAACUAUAACUAGCAGCAAAAUCUACAUCUGGGGUAAGAAGAUACUAGAUUUCCUCAUUGGACAGUGGUUCUUCUGCCUCUUGGGGGUGUUCGUGGCGUUGGCCUAUGAGUAUCCGCAGUUUGCCAAGCAGGGCGGCAUGAUCCGCGCCGAAUACUCGAUAGGCUACGGUGCCGUUGCCGUGAUUUUCCUAAUUAGUGGCAUGUCAAUGUCGUCCAAGGCCCUCCUCAUCAACUCGCUCAACUGGAGAGCCCACUUCACGGUCUUGUCGAUGUCGUUCUUGGUCACGAGCUCCAUCAUCUACGGCAUCGCGUGCGGGAUCAAGGCGAGCCACGAUGGCCAGAUUGACGAUUGGCUUCUCGUGGGGUUGAUUGUGACGCACGCGUGUCCCACCACGGUGAGCUCGAACGUGGUCAUGACAAAACAGGCCGACGGCAACGAUAUCUUGACCUUGUGCGAGGUUUUCAUUGGCAACAUCUUGGGUGCGUUCAUCACGCCGGCAUUGUUGCAGAUGUACAUGUCUGGCACGUGGGAGUUUGGAAACCCGAGCCACCAGGCCACGGGCGAGAGCUCGAUCCAGGAGUUGUACGCCGAGACCAUGAAGCAGUUGGGAUUAUCGGUUUUCAUCCCGUUGUUUGUGGGGCAAGUGGUGCAGAAUACUUUCCCCAAGCAGACGAAAUGGACAUUGGCGACGUUCAAGUUGAACAAGGUCGGCUCCUUCAUGUUGUUGUUGAUCAUGUUCCAAUCUUUCUCCACCGCGUUCGCUCAACACGCAUUCACGAGCGUCUCCCAUGUCUCCAUCAUCUUCCUCGUUUUUUUCAACAUUGGCAUCUACUUGUUCUUCACCGUCUUGACCUACCUUUACGCACGGCCCUUUUUCGUCAAAAAGUGGCUCUGGGAGUACCCCAAUGAAGAGUCAUCCAAACUCUACCGCUGGUCCUACUGGUUCUUCAACCCUUUUUACUACAACAAGAAAGACACCGUGGCGGUGAUGCUCUGCGGGCCCGCCAAGACAGCAGCAUUGGGCGUCUCCUUAGUCUCCUCGCAGUACGGCGCCCAUAACCCCAAGUUGGGCAUCUUGUUGGUGCCCUUGGUGCUAUACCAAGCCGAGCAAGUCAUGACGGCGAACGUUUUGGUGCGGUUCAUGAAGAAAUGGGUGCAUGCCGACGACAAGAAGGAAGAGUCGAGCGACGACGAAAACCAGUUGAGCCAUCGCGACACGAGACAAGAAGACGAAGCUGUAUCGCAAGAAGAGGCCGAGUUGGAUCGAGAAGAGAACUCGGGCUACGUUGGUUCGGGAGGCGAGCUGGAGACCCAAUCCUGUUCCACCGAUUCCCACCCGAUAAAGGUUUAA